AUGCCAAGAGAACACCUUAGAGAGCUGAACUUUGCAGAGUUGUUAGAGAAGGCGGAAACAUUCUUUCCUUCAACCAGAAAACCUAUACUAAUUUCUUUGGCACUGUCUUGCACCACGAGCAAUGUAGAGAGAACCAUAGAGAUCAGAGCAAUCAUAGACACAUUUCAUUGCCACUCUCAACAGUCUCUUUAUAAAGUGGAAGAUACCACACCUCCAAUGGAAACUCUUGAUCGCUUCACAAGGAUAAGAACUUCUUUUCUUGCGAAACGAGACCAAAGCAACAUCAACGCCGAAUGGUAUAGCACAAAAUGCCUGCCAGUAGUUUUUUCUGCAAUGAACAACAAGCGACCUAACACCGGGCUCCGAGGGGUCCUUCUUCACCACGACAACGCGCCCGCGCACUCUGCGAUCAAAACGAAGGACUUCCUCGACUCAAGGGCGGAUCCAGCUUUGGCGCCAGGGGGGGGGUCAUAUAGUCGUGGUAUAUUAAAUAUUGAAAGUACUUAA